AUGAAUCCCUUCCUACUUCUACUCCUCGUUUUCGCCUUGGUCCGAUGCCAAACACCUGUGCCUGACGAUGGCGAUGAAUUCAAUAUUGAAACGGAGAAAGUGAUUACUUUCACUCAAAAUCAAGUGAUUGAUAUGGCUGAAAGAAUAAUGAAAACAAUGGAUAAAUCAAUCGAAAGUCACAAUUAUACGGAACUCAUCAAUAUUCAUUACCCGGAUUUCACAUUUACUUUUUGUCAAACUGAAGGGAAGAGUAUGGAAGGAUUCAAAGCUUAUUUGGAUUCAGAUGAAAUGCUGAAAAAGGUCAAGAGGAGUAAGCACACAAUAAUGUACAAUCCCCAAAACGGCGGUGUCGAGAAGCUGGAUGUUCAUGGUUUUCGAUUCGACUACUUCAAAUAUUUCCUUCUUGAAGACGAUCAUCUUUUGAGAACUUUUGGAACUAUUAUUGUACGGACUCAAUAUGGAAUUAUUGAAGUUGUCAAGGCUAUCGAGUAUUGUCCAACGCAAAUAUUCUAG